AUGGCCAAAUUAAAUAAUAGAUAUGAAAAUAUUGGAUGUUUGGAGAAAGAUAUAAGAAAUCAUUUGGACAAGGAAAAACACUUGGCACUAGCUUUCGGGGAUGCUAAUGCAAUGCAAGAGCUUUUUAUGCAUAUGCAAGAAGAAGAUUCUAAUUUCUUUUAUGCAAUUGACUUGGAUGAAGAGCAACGCCUUAAAAAUGUCUUAUGGGUGGAUGCAAAAAGUCGAGAAGAUUAUAAAGUUUUUGGAGAUGUUGUCUCAUUUGACACCACAUACAUCACAAAUAAAUAUAAAAUUCCAUUUACUCCAUUCAUAGGUGUAAACAAGCAUUUUCAAACUUCAUUGCUUAGUUGUGCAUUACUUGUAGAUGAGACUAAAUCGACAUUUGUUUCGCUAAUGAAAGCACGGCUUAGAGCUGGGAGGAUUCCUGAAAAACUUGGUUAUGUGAUAAAGACAAAUGAACAUUUUAUAAGAGAUUUCAACAUUUGUGUUUAUAAUUCAUGGAAUACUUCUUUGAAAGAAUUUGUUGAGCAAUACAAAGUUGCUUUACAAGAUAGACAGGAAAAGGAAGUUCAAGCAUGCUUUAAUACACACCAAAAGAAACCAGCUUUGAAAUCUCCAUCGCCAUUUGAGAAACAAAUGUCAAUGAUAUAUACACAUGAAGUUUUCAAAAACAUUCCAAGUUGA